ACUACCCAACAGAGGUCCCUCCGCUCCGCCGGACGACCCUCGGAAGCGGCGGGUGAUAACACAGGGUCCCAGUGAGCUGCCCCAGGGCUGGGGGCGGGUCUCGAAUCACCGAGCUCCGGGCGCGUCAAGGGCGCCCGCUUCUGAUUGGCCGGUCGAGGGGCUUACGGACCAGGAGCUCAGGGAUUGGCGCAACCGGAGGCCAGAGUCGGAGUAACUGGACUCUAGGCUGCUGGUCUCAGUCCCGGAGCCUGAAGGGCUGGCGUCGGCGCCCUACCCAAAGUCCAGGGAAGGAGCCUGGCCGGGACGCGCGCACCAUGCCCUACCUGCUCAUCAGCACCCAGAUACGCCUGGCACUUCCAGGAAGAGAUCUUCUGAGACCUUACAAAAGAAAGAGAAGCAAGAACCCGGAGACGACCAGGAAGGAGGUGGGCCCCACCAUGGUGGGCGAUGAGCACUCAGAUCCAGAACUGAUGCAGCAUCUGGGGGCCUCAAAAAGAAGUGUCCUGGGAAACAACUUCUCUGAGUACUACGUGAAUGACCCUCCUCGAAUCGUCCUGGACAAGCUGGAGCGCAGGGGCUUCCGUGUGCUGAGCAUGACAGGGGUGGGCCAGACGCUGGUGUGGUGCCUGCACAAGGAGUGACCCUCCCGCGCUGAGGAGCGCCAGUCACACUUCUUUGGAGUGGCUGCCAUGGGCCCCGACCCCAGGACCCUGCCUUGCUCACCGCCCUGCCCCUUCUUCCCAAAUCAUCCUUCUCUUUGGCCCAGUACCACUGGGCAGUGAAUGGCCUUCUCUGAAACCUGUCUCAGACAGUGUGGAAGGGUAGGGCCCCUGGCCCUGGUGCCCUCAGCUGCCCCUCCAGCUUCAGGCCAGGCGCAGGCCCUGGAGGAGGCCCUGUUCUGUCAAAAACAGGGGCUGACGAGCCAGGCUGCCCCUGGCAGGGAGCUGGGUGCCCCUGUGGAGCAUGGCUCCAGGACUGGGUGGGUAGCGCCUGCAUAGCUAGUCCAAGCCAAUAAAGGGCUGUGAUGAGA